AUGGCGCAACCCCUCGUCGGUCUCUGUCUUCAACCUUCACGAAAAGAUAGCAACAACAACCCUCGACAUAGCGGUGGAUACGGUGGUCGGAGGAGCAAGAGGGUAGGGUGGCGGCCGGUGGUGGGAGGCAUAAAGAUGGAGGUGACGGCUGGAGAUGGUUUGAUUAGGGUUACGGUUUACAUUGGAGAACACAACUGGUCUCCAAACUACCGUCGUCACAUGGAUGAGAAUCAUUCGAAUGGUGUAACCAACGAAGACAUGGCCAUCAAUCUACUGCAAACCCUACUGGAACUGUAUCUUAUAUGGAAGGACUUCCAAGACCAGUUGUGUGAGCUCCGUCGGAUAGUUGAUCGAGACUUGGAUGCCAUGAACCGUGAGGUCAAUGAUGUUCGUGCUGGUCAGUUGGAUAUCUCAAAUGUCGUUGCUGAUCUUAAAAAUCAUUUCGUUUCUCUGCAAGGAGCAUAUGUGAAGAUGGUCUUCAAGCACAACAAACGUAAGAAACUGAUGUAUUGUGUUGGGAUUGUUGGUGUUGUUACUGCAUCCGUGGUGACGUAUUUGGUGUUUCAGUAA